AUCACGCACGACACGACGAAAUUCACCUUCGACCUGCCGUCGCCGUCGAUGUCGCUCGGGCUGCCGCUCGGCAAGCACGUGAAGAUCUUCGCGCCGAACAUGACGGGCGCGGACGUCGACGAGAUCCAGCGGUCGUACACGCCGACGUCGUCCGAGGAGGACACGGGCCGCGUGGACCUCGUGCUCAAGGUCUACAAGGGCGGCGUGGUCGACCGCUUCCCCGACGGCGGCAAGAUGUCGCAGUACUUUGGGGGGCUCAAGGUCGGCGACGAGGUCGCCAUCUCGGGGCCCGUCGGCAUGACCGAGUACCUCGGCGGCGGCAAGUGGCUCCACGGGCGACGAGAGAUCAGCGCCUCCGCCGUGGGCAUGAUGGCCGGCGGCACGGGCAUCACGCCCAUGUACCAGAUCCUCCAGGUCGCGCUCAAGGACCCGAAGGACAAGACGACGUUCAGCCUCUUGUUCGCGAACCAGACGCCCGACGACAUCCUCAUCAAGGCCGAGCUCGACGCGCUGGCCAAGAAGUACCCGGCGCGCUUCUCCGUCCACUACACCGUCGACCGCGCGCCCAAGGGCUGGGCCGGCUCCACGGGCUUCAUCUCCGCGGAGAUGAUCGAGGCGCACCUCCCCGCCGCGUCGCCCAAGACCCUCGUCGUCAUGUGCGGCCCGCCGCCCAUGAUCAAGUUCGCCUGCAAGCAGAACCUCGACAAGCUCGGCUACGACAAGAAGCUCCAGCUCGCCUUCUAG